AUGAAGUUUUCCGCCUGCAUCGUUGCGGCUUUUGCUGCUAUUGCCGCUGCUUACACUCCCCCUGACACCUCAAAACCCCCCAGCGGGAACCCAAUCAGUCGCCCCGGGUUGCUUGAACUCGUCCCCGUCGGACAACCAUACACCAUCACCUGGCAACCCUCCACCCCAGGAAAGGUUUCCCUUCUCCUCCUGCGCGGCCCCAGCAACAACGUGAAAUACCUGGAUACCAUUGCCGAUUCCGUCAGCAACACCGGCACCUACAUAUGGACGCCCCCCACCUCGCUCGAGGGCGACGAGUCCGGCUACGGUAUCCAGAUCGUCGUCGAGGGAACUGGCCAGUAUCAAUACUCCACCCAAUUCGGCAUUAAGAACGACAAACACGUCCCCGAACCUUCGGACAUAUAUCCCACCAACAAGUACCCAACUGCUAAACCUACCGACAAUUACCCAACUGCUAAACCAUCUGACUACCCAACUGGCAGCAGCAGCAGCAGCAGCUACACCUUGGUCCCCAUCUCCACCGCCACCAUCACCGUCUGCGCAAGCACCGUCACCGCCUGUCCACAAACCAAGACCCCCGUUACCCCCAGCGGAACUGGUCCUGCCACCGUCCAACCAACCGUUCAGCCAACUUACACCGCGAGCCCCAAGCCAACCACCCCUCCUCCAUUUGAUGGUGCUGCUGGCCGCAACGGUGUCGCCAUUGGCGGCCUCGUUGCUGCUGCGGUUGUCAUGUUCGCCUUGUAA